AAGGUCACUCCAACAGAGGCCGAGGAACAUACCUGUUGGUUAAUCCGAAGACGAUGUCGAUGCAGUUCAUUGCACCUGAUCGAGACCACAUGGUCAGAAGGGACCUCAGAAAGCCUCUGUUGUUCUAUGGCCUCGUUACCAGCGUGGUGAGCCUCUGUGUGGGGAUUCUUCUUGGGAGGUACGCCAUCUGUCCCGAGGAGAACCCUUCCACAAAUGUCGCAAAGAACGGAACCUUCCUUCCUGGCAUACCCGACUCCAUAAUCAAAGAUGGCGAUCCUGAGGUAACGGAACGACUUGUGAAUGAAAUCAGUAAAAAAAACAUCGAAGAAUUUCUCAGACACAUAACCUUAAAACCUCACGUGGCGGGGUCAGAAAACAGCCUUGACCUUGCGAAAUGGAUGAAGGCUAAUUGGCAGGAGUGGGGUUUUGACGACGUCAAGCUAACGCCCUAUGACGUUCUUCUUUCCUUCCCCGACGCAAACGCGCCGAAUGUGGUUCGUGUCCUCGACGACGCCGGAAGUGUUGUUUACGAGUCUCCUCUUAAGGAAGCCAACUUGACUGGAGAAGAUCACCCUGAUGCGCUUCCGCCAUACAAUGCCUACUCCCCAGCAGGACUUAUUCAGGGGGACAUGGUGUAUGUGAACUAUGGACGGAUUGAGGAUUACAACUGGCUGAAGAAUAACACAAGUAUUGAUGUCACGGGCAAGAUCGUCAUUGCCAAGUAUGGCAUGAUCUUCAGAGGAAGCUUGGUCCAGAUCGCUGCCGACCACGGGGCGAGUGGUGUCAUCAUCUACUCAGACCCCAAGGACUAUACACUGAGUGGGGCGGCGGUAUACCCCGACAGCUCUUACCUUCCCCCAUCCGGUGCACAGAGGGGUACAGUCUAUGAAGACAAUGGGGACCCCCUAACUCCAGGAUACCCCGCUACAAAAUCGGCCUACAGAUAUACUGAAGACUCUCCUAAGGUGAAACUUCCCCAAAUUCCAGUACAUCCUAUAGGAUACGGCAUUGCGGAGACAAUCCUCGCGGAGAUGGGUGGCCCAGAGGUCCCCCUUGACUGGCGAGGAGGGAUCAACAUCACAUACAGGCUUGGACCGGAGCUGAAAUCACCGGGAUGGAAGGUUCAAAUCAACAUAUCCACAACGAAUGUGAUAAAAACAGUUCACAACGUGGUCGGUACUAUUAAAGGUGCUAUUGAACCAGAUCGCUACGUUCUAAUUGGCAAUCACCGAGACGCCUGGGUGUACGGGGCGACAGAUCCAGGCAGUGGCACGGCCGUGAUGAUGGAGGUCGCUCGAGUUAUGGGAAAUAUGGCGAAGGCUGGUAUAUGGAGGCCCAGGAGAUCUGUUAUGUUCUGUAGCUGGGCGGCGGAGGAGUACGCUCUCAUCGGUUCCAAUGAAUGGGCGGAGGAAUAUCGCAAGGCUUUGAGGGAAAGAGCUGUGGCGUAUAUCAACCUAGACACGGUUGUGACAGGAAACUAUUCUCUGAGUGCGAGGGCGACUCCGCUGAUGUAUCACGCUGUGUAUGAAGCUGCUAAGAAGGUACCCAAUCCGAAUCGUACAGACACUGAACACCCAACGCUGUAUGACAACUGGCUGCUGAAGAAGGAGUGGAAGGAUGAGGAUGGGAACCAUCUGAAUAUACCCAGUAUUGGUUCCCUGGGAUCGGGAAGUGAUUAUGCCACCUUGGUUCAACUCACUGGGAUUGCAUCUGUGGACUUGGGCAUCGGGCCAGACUAUUCGGCCAGCCCGGUUGUGUUUUUCCCAUUGUACCACACCAUAUACGAAACAUUCUAUUCAGUAAAGCGUUUCGUCGAUCCGGACUUUGAGUAUCACCGCGCUGUAUCCCAGAUGGCAGCAGAGUUGGCACGUUCACUGGCCGACUCCCUCAUCAUCCCCUUCAACGUCAGCGACUACAGCUGGGCCCUCAACACAUACUGGCAAACACUAAACAGAGAGCAUGGAGCCAAACUCAGGGACAAUUUAGAUAACUAUGAUGAACUUAAGGAUGCAAUAUCAAACUUCACGAGGGAAUCUCAAAAGUUCAAAGAAAGACUAUCAACACUCAACAGGUUUGAUCCACUGGCCACUCGUGCUGUGAAUGACCAGUUGCUUCUGCUGGAGAAGGCGUUUCUUGACGACGAGGGAUUGCCGGACCGACCAACGAGGAAACAUCUGAUUGUGGCCGAGAGCAGCAAGAACGCCUAUGCAGGAAGUAGUUUCCCGGGCCUCAGUGAUCUUCUUUUUGAAAUCGAUGCUGCCCCGGAUGUUGAUGCACGAUGGGAACGUGUCAAGCAACAUUUCUCAGUGCUCCUCUUUACCAUCCAAUCAGCAGCCUCCACGCUUAGUGACGUAAUCAGCUUUAUGCCUGGUUUAGAGUAGAACAUAGCCCAGGAGCUUGAAAACUCUUUCUCAUGUCACGAUAGAACUGCAUGUUCUUUUUUAAUCAUACGUGUGCAUAUAUAUAUAAGUGAUCAGAUAGGAAAUAUCUAUUUAGGAGAUGUAUAUUUUUCUAAACAGUUAUUAGAGAAAGGUUGGUAAUUAUAUAUCAUCAUGAUAUCAUGAUUACUUCAUUCGUUUAUUGUCUCAAGUUUUGUUUAUGGCUUAUGUAAGAAAUAUGAACAUAUUAUAUUUGUAACCCACGCAGUGACCGAAAUGGCAAUCUUGGCUGUUGGUUGGGGUGUCAGAGUACGACUCGGAUGCAACAUUUGAUGACAUCUGAAGGUUAUGAUUUGCAUCCAGAAACUGACCUUAUUAUACUAUCCCUCAUAUUUGAACACACUGUCAUAUAUUACGCAUAUGACAUUGUUUUAAUGCAACUGAUUAAUAAAGUUAAUUAUAACCUUACGUAAUUCAUGAAUUAAAAUAUUGUGAAUAGCUUUCUGUAGCUGAUUAAAUUUUUAAACGUGACAGGGAAAAAACUUCUCAUCUCACAGGAUCAACCCACAGCCGUUGCAGGAAAAAUGAGCGACAUUGGCUUAUUUCACUGUUGAGAUAUAUUUUGUCUACGAAUGUAUUCUGAAGUUUUCUAUGACUAUGUAUAUUUCAUGUAAGAUUGUAAUGUAUUUUAGUAAUUAAAGAAAACAAAUAUACAGAUAAAGAAGUA